UCUUCUCUCCAGUUUUCUGUUUCUCCUGCUCCUGUGAGAUCUGACUCUCCUGUAUAUGCAAACCUACAAGAACUGAAGAUUUCCCAGUCCAAUCUACCCCCACAGCCCAACACUGCCCCUGUCCAAAUUACAGGGGAGUGGGAAACGCACAAAGAUUGCACUGGACGUUUCUAUUAUUUUAAUAAAGCUACACAAGAACGAACCUGGAAACCACCACGCUGCACAAAAGACACUAGGGGAGAGUUAUUGGCUCAAACCGAUCAUGAGCAACUUUCAUCUGAAGAAAAUUAUCACAGCACAUUUGAAAACCAAUCAGAUAUUCAAUACGGUUCUCCUCCCAAGGGCUGGUCAGAAGAACUGGAUCAGCAUGGCCAUACCUUCUUUAUUAAUGACCAAACCAAUGAGAAGUGGAUAAAACACGUGGACGAGCAAGGCAGGCCAUAUUACUACAGUGCUGACGGGUCACGCUCUGAGUGGGAGCUGCCAAAGUACAACUCCUUAGCACCUCCUCAUCCAAGAGAAAUCACUAAAAGUCGGAGUCUUGAUCGAAAGUUCCAGGAUCCAAUUGUUUUAACAAAGUGGCGACACAGCACAUAUCUACUGGAGGCCAACGAUAAGGUAACGGAAUUAACGCCAUCCAAACAUUUCCCUGAGGUUGAGACCUCCCCAUCUUCUCCAAAGCACCAAUCCACGGUUAGUGAUUUUUUUGAUCAAGAAAAGUAUGGAGUGUUAAAUGUGACUAAAAUCACAGAGAAUGGGAAGAAAAUUAGGAAGAACUGGACAUCCUCUUGGGCUGUACUGCAAGGCUGCUCUAUGUUGUUUCAAGGCACUGGAGCUAGCUGGUUUGGAAGCAACCAGUCGAAACCAGAAUUUACGGUUGAUCUUAAAGGAGCAUCUGUGGAAUGGGCUACAAAGGAUAAAUCCAGCAAAAAGAAUGUCAUAGAGUUUAAAACCAACUCAGGAACAGAGCUACUGAUACAAUCCGAUAAUGACAAUAUGAUCAAAGAAUGGUACACAGCACUUUGCAACACUAUUAUUAUAGAGUCGGAAGAAACCAGUGAGGAUAAUGUGCCUGAUUCUCCAGUGGAGAAACAAGGAAAAGAAAAACAUGACAAGGAAAAGGAUCACGACAAAGAUUCCAAAAAGAGUCGAUCCAUUAAACAAACGACCAGUAUUGACAACACUGAGCAGAAAAAAACAAAAACGAAGUUAAAGAAGUUUCUUAUCCGACGGCCAACAUUGCAAGCUGUCCGUGAGAAGGGCUACAUCAAAGACCAGGUGUUUGGCUCCAGUCUGGCUGGUCUUUGUCAGAGAGAAAACACUACUGUGCCAAAUUUUGUUAAGAUGUGCAUUGACCAUAUUGAAGAACAUGGACUGGAUAUAGAUGGAUUAUACAGAGUCAGCGGGAACCUUGCUGUGAUACAAAAGCUCCGCUUUGCAGUCACACAUGAUGAGAAACUGGAUUUGAACGACAGUAAAUGGGAAGAUAUCCAUGUCAUUACGGGUGCAUUGAAGAUGUUCUUCAGAGAACUGCCUGAACCCCUUUUUACCUACAACUACUUCAAUGACUUUGUGAAUGCUAUCAAACAAGAACCCAAACAUCGCGUUCAAGCUGUCAGAGAUUUAAUUAAGCAGUUGCCAAAGCCCAACCAAGACACAAUGCAGGCGCUCUUCAAGCAUCUUAAACAUGUUGUGGAAAUUGGAGAUAAAAACAGAAUGAAUUUUCAAAGUUUAGCAAUAGUAUUCGGUCCAACCUUGUUGAAGCCGGAAAAAGAAACUGGAAAUAUAGCCAUCCACACGGUAUACCAGAGUCAAAUAGUAGAGCUAAUUCUAAUGGAGCAUAACUCAAUCUUUGGCCGCUGA